GCGAAGUGUUUUUUGAGCUUCCUGAGCCACCGUAGCAAGGAGCCUGCUCUGUUUUUCCAUAUAUAAUGCUAAAGCGGCUGUUUGCUCAGCGAAACUCUUAUCGUCUGAGGAAUUGGCAAGCCCUGGUUUGCCUCAUAGCUUAUCAAAUGACUGAACAGUGAGUUAAUUAGUGAACCUUAUUCUCGAAACGGACAGUUUAAGGCUUCAAAAUGGACUACCUGCUCGCGGUGAAAGUGGGCUCUCUGUUUGGUUUAUUGUUUUUAACUCUCCUUUUUGGAUUCAUCCCAGCUCGGGUCCUCUGGUUCAGAGACUCAAACGCGACAGGUAGGUACAAAUGUAAUGGUAAAUAAGAGUUUAACAUUAGCAGCUGUUAACGAUAUGGAGAGAUAGCAGAUUUUAGUUCCAAUUAUUAUUUUACAAAGAGGACCCACUUACAAAGCUUCCUACGACCCCAGGUAAACAAUGUAGGCUGUGCCAAACAGGUUUGGUUUUUGCUCUUAUUGGUUACCUGUGUCUUUAUGAAAACUAUGCCAAAUUGAAGAAGGUGAUUUAGUUGCAUUUUUUUUUUUUUACAGUUGUAGAAAACAAUCCAGAUCUAAACAGCCAGUUUUUACUAAGUUUGGUAUAGGGAUCCCUCUCUUUUUAUGUGAAAGGUGGAUGGUUCUUAUAGCAGUCCUCUGUCUGUCUGUCUGUCUGAUCCACACUGUCUUAAAGAGAUGUGAUCAACUUUUUUAGGUCGAGAUGAAAUUAAAGAUGAUUUUAACUGUUAUUGAUCUCAUCCACCGCAACCCAUCAAUGAAAUGAUCACAGUUUUAAAGAUGAGUAUAAGCUUUAUACAUGUGUAAUAUAUGAGUUUCAGUGAUUAACAGCCAUACACCAUGAUUAUAAAUCCUAACAAAAUCUUUUAAUACUGUAUUUUUUUAAAGAAUGGCCCAUUACAGCUGAUCUAUUCCUGCACCAUAGUUUCCUGCUCCCGUUUAUGUAUAAUUAAGCUGUCAAACAGAUAAAGGUAUUUGUUUACCAGAGCUACAACCCCCCUCCUUUUCAAGCCUUCAUGGAAGUCACCUGAGAGGGAUGAAGCCUAAAGCCUACAGCUCUCUCAGCACAUGGUCACAUUGACAUCCAUUUAAGAUAGAAAGACAACGGCUGUAUGAUGAUCUUUGCCUUUCUUAAAUGGAAGUGAAAGUAUCAUGUCUCCCCCGCUACACUUCUGUUUUCUGAAAUCUGCUGAGCUUGACUUCUUGUUUAUUUCAUAACCAUGAUGUGUCACAUGAUCUCUCUAAAAUAUUACUCCAACAUUAAAGAGAAUGGCAACGAUAGAUUAUUGUAAUUUUAAACUGUCGGGUUGGGUGAUAUUUAGCUGUGUAAAUAAUGUGAAUCUUUCAUUAAUUCACAGCAGUAUCCUUAAAAAUAUGGCUGAAGAUAUGAUAGGAAAAGAUGAAGUUUACUAUUGCUAUUUUGUUCAAAUUUACGGUGAAACAUGAUGGAUGCUGUCAAAUUGAUUUCUUUUCAUUUGCAGAAACCCAGCGCACAGUUCUGAGUCUGAUCAGCUGUUUUGCUGGUGGCGUUUUCCUGGCAGCAUGUCUGCUGGACAUCAUUCCCACUUAUCUAGAGGAUAUGAGCAAUGAGCUGGAUGUUCGGCAAGUGGAGGUACAUCUAGAUGUCUGUUUUAAUGUCUUAGAAGAAAAAGGAAUUCUUUUAUUGUAAUAACAUGAGAGCUCAGGGGGUUCAGGAUAUGAGGGGUCUGCAUUUACUCUGAGAUAAUUGAAACAGCUUUAUUCUGCUAGAAUGAAACAACAUAAUCCAGUUAAUUUUGAACAUGCUUUUGGUAUCUUUAGAUGAUAGUGAUUAUUUCUGACAAAACAAAAUGCGUUAUGUCUACAAUCGCAGUCCUGACUGCACUAGACUCAGUCUGUUAACACAUCAAUCUCUCUAUGCUGGUCCCAAACAGACCAACUUUCCCCUUCCAGAGUUCAUCAUGGCUAUCGGCUUCUUCACCGUCCUCAUAGUAGAGAGGAUGGUCCUAAAUUGUAGAGGCAUAAGAGGGACUCAGGAGGAAAGGGCACCGCUGAUACAGGACAACAGGAAUGGGCAUGGACAUGGACUUGCCCACAACCAUCCAGCAGACCCUGAUAUUGAGAGCAGCAGCCAACACGUCCACGUUGACUUCCACGCUCACUCCCCCUUUCGCUCCUUCAUGCUCUUCCUCUCCCUCUCUGUUCACUCUAUAUUUGAGGGUCUUGCCAUCGGCCUGCAGAACACUGACUCCAAGGUAAAAAGACAGAACAAUCUUUACUGUGUGGCUGGACAAGUUCUCUUUGUAUUCAGUGUCAAUCAUGAGAGCAAUGUAUGUAUGUCCUUGAGGUCUAAAAAAUAUAAACGUGUAGAUUUCCAUCUCCAUAAAUCGUCAUUACAUUUGAAAUCGGGCAUAUUUUGGAUCUUUCCCACAUUUAGCACAGAGUAGGAUAUUGUCCAUGGAAACGGGCUCUAAACCACGUAAAAUAAUCUGUUUAUUUAAGGGGUUUAUUGUGCAGGAAUUUAAGGAUUUUUUUUCUAAUGGUGACUGUUUUUAGGUUUUAUAUGAAUGCAACAAUUGAAAUAAAUAAAUAUUUACAAGCAAGUGAGGCAAGCAGGACAAAGUAGAAGUCAGUAAAUCUCUGUACCUUCUAAAUGUCAUUAUCUACAUCCCCACUUGUUUACAGUGAAUGGCCCAAAUAAGUACCUGCUGCGUUGAUACAUUGACCCUCUAAGACAUUACACAGACUUUGAGCUUUGGCAUUGGCAGGUUGAAGUCUUUCCAAGUGGUUCUAAAUAGUUUUGUUUCCACAUACAACUUCUUAGGUAAUGUGAGGAAAUUUUCAGGAGUGCAGAGCUGUAAUGAAAGAGCUAUAGAAAACAGAAAACCUUAUCUUUGUCUUUAUAUCCAUUCAAACCUCUGCAGUACAUCCAGAAUGUGUGGUUUUGUCCUCUUCCUUUUUCCCACACUUGAACAUAAAUAAAGAACUAUAUUGACAUCUCAUCACAGGUUCUCUGGACCUUCUAACAUGUGAUACACUUUGUAUAAAAGGGGGUAGUGGGCUCGAGAGUACAGCGCUUUUAUUCGAGACUUAAUAUUUAAGUCAUUCGGUUAUAGACUUAAUCAUGUGAAAGUUAAUUCCCUUCACUCGGGCGGUCUUUUCUUUAAUCCUCUACACUGAUAUCCUUUGUUGAAACAGUCUAUGUGACAGAUCAAAACCUGAAUUUUAAUAAACUUCACCUGGUGUAGUGCUUUACAGUGCUUUGCAACUAGUUUUCAACACCGAGAGGUAAGACGCUUAUAAUGUUAAUAGCUUAUUACUAGCACAAUCCGCAAUCUUCUCAAAUAGUCAACAAGCAGAUGAGAAACCCAGUGUAGAAAUAAAAGUAACCAGAUAAUGCAGUAGUCAUUGACACCCACGUCAUUGCUCACACACUUUAGUGGAAGUGCAAUCUAGAUAUGAAUCAUAUUUAAAAGACUCUUUAUACACAGAAGGAAGCAUACUCAUAGUUUAAACCCUCAGGAUGGUUGCAGAGGUCAGAAGCUAGGGCCGUCACGUUGGUCAGAUCCGAGUCUUGUGGUCAUAAGACAAACACUCGGUGUUCUCUCAGGCUGUUUUCAAACACAGAACUUAAAGAAAUGAACUUCUGAGAGAUCUGAGACAGUUGUUGGAGAGAAAAUAUAAAUCAGACUUAAAACUGCAUAACAGACAAGAGGCAAAAUAACUUACAGGGUUCAAAUAUGAAUGCCUCAAAGGAAAUGAACACACAGUACAAAGUGACAAAUCUAGCAGGAAUUUAAGUGGGUGAAUUUCUAGUUUUGCUUCAGUGAUGUAGAGAUGUUCACAUGAUGUGUUUACAUAGAGCCUCUACUGUAGGAUACUAAGAUAUGUUAUUGUUUAACUCCAACAAUUAUCUGUCAUAUUAGUUUGUUACCUUGAAUAUAAAAAGUAAAAUAAAGAGAUGUUAAUGCUUGAUUUUGUCUAAUAUGUAAUUGAAUCUCUCUAACUAGAUUACUUCCGUUUGGCUCAUGGAAGUGCACAUAACUUAUUGUAUUGCUUACUAUUAAACUUAUAGCUAACAUGGUAUAAAUGUUCAAUCAAAAAUACAGUAAAAUGAUCUUACCCACAGUGUUUAAACAUAGAGAGAGAGACUUUAUUGACAGACUCAAGGACCAUAAACAAAACAAUAAAUACAAGUACAAACAGAAACAAACACAACACUUAAUAAGUAAUAGACAUUCACUGCUUCUCAUGCAAACCUUUUUAUUGUUUACCAUUACUUUAUGAAAAAAAAAACAGUAAAAUACUGACACUUUUCUAUCUCUGCAGGUUUUGGAGCUCUGCGUCGCCAUACUUAUCCACAAGAGCAUCAUCGUGUUCAGCCUUUCUGUGAAGCUGGUCCAGAGCGCAGUAACUCCAUUGUGGGUGGCAGCAUACAUAGGAGUGUUCGCCAUGAUGUCACCCAUAGGCAUCGCCAUCGGCAUUUCUGUAAUGGAGGCAGGGCUUGCAGCCGGAGCGCUGAUCCAGGCCAUAUUGGAAGGUCUGGCUGCAGGGACGUUCGUCUACAUCACUUUUAUGGAGAUCCUUCCUCAUGAGCUCAACUCCCCCGGGAGACAGCUCAUCAAGGUGCUCUUCAUCCUGCUGGGCUUCAGCGUCAUGGCAACUCUGACGUUUUUGGGCUGAGACUGAGACCAGGCUUCACAUUUGCUGGCAGACCUGGCAGUAUGUGACCUGGGUACUUUGUGUAAACUACUGCAGCUCCCACUGGGAUGUGGGUCAAUUUUAUAAAUGAAUCGAGUUCCUUUAUGCACUGUUACAUCCAGCUCUGGAGUUUUGCGGGCAGCAUGACAAGAGAAGCUGGUUUUAUUAUUAUUACUUUUAGUAUGCUUUUAAAACAUUUCAUAGAAGAAGAUUCCCCUGAUAUCUGUGUAUAAAUAAUCUGGUUUGGGAGGUUAAAGUAAAGCUAUGGUAAGUUUGUGAAACUACCGAGAGAAGCACAGGGAAGAAAUCACUGUCUGCUUAUUUAUCACUGCUCUUGUUUUCAAACACGCCUCCGACCUGCAAACAAACCACAGCCUGACCUUUGUUACUAUUGAGGAAACCUCAGAGAACAGAGGCUCUUGUUGUACGUACAUGAUACCCUAUAAGUAAUUCAAUCACACUAGUAUAAAGGUAUGUCCAGAUCUUCAAUGUUUACAUUUAUUUGUUACUAAUUCAAACACAGAAUCUCUGCACUUUAGUCAAAGUUUUCAGUUUCAUAUCUUGAUGGCUGACUUUGUGUGAGCUAUUUUUUUAAUGGUGUAUCUACUGACAGGUUCAUUUUCUUGGUACUGACAUUUUAGUAUGAUGCUUUUAGCUUUAGUCUCCAACAUGAUAAUGCUUUUAAGUCUCUACUAACUGAAUCAUCGAUUUACAUUUUAUGCAUCUGUCCAAAACACUAGCUGAAGUGUAAACGUGCUCCCUGCUGCCUUAAAAAGUUGGAUGCCAAAACAAGAAAGAAACAUGUUUGAUUUGUUUUUAUUCUGUUUGCACUUUUCUAAUAAAGCAUCAGUGGUUAUCCCCACAGAUGAGAAAGAAUCAAACUGUUUUGGCUUUAUUUUGAGAAGUUAAUCCUUAUAUUUACACUCUGUUGACCUUUGUGCACGCUCAGCCCUUUCUGUUUUGCAACUUUGUCCAUGUAAACUCUCUUAUACUUGUAUAUGCAACAAGAAAUCCACUUAAGUAGUGCGCAACAGUUCAGUACUUUUGGUCCCUUACACCGCUCUGCGUUAUUACCACAGUUUUUAGUUUCGGGGUCAUACUUGGUCAUACUUGAACUAAAGUGUGAGGAACUGAAAUGCAGUAAGAAUAGUAGAUAUUUUAAGGACAGCGCAGUUUCAAAAGGGCUGGUUCAUUUUCAUACUCAGUCUGCUUUGACUCAAGCUCAUCUAUCAUCUAUGCUAAUUCCAUCAUAUGCAAGUUAUUAACCGUGUGGCAAGUCACAGUUCCUGUUUUAGUCUCUCAUGUGAGGGUCUGAUGGCUUCAUCAUCAGAACAAAUAGCAGAAGUUUGAGGUUGUGGAUUAGUUGUCCUAGAAAUAACAUGUGAAUAUGCCAGCAUAGGAAUUUUUUGGGCUGUGGGUUUGAAGAUGGAGUUUUGCAGGCAGACAUUGUUAAUAAAUGUCUCAUUCAAGGUCAUCAAAUCUAAUAAAGAUGCAAAACAGAUGCUCCUUCUUUUUUAUGUGCUUUUAGACUUUAUCGCAGCAGGUUUAUUGUCAUUAACAAGAAUUUCCAUUUGUGAAAGAAUGAAUUCUCAGCUGCUUUUUAAAAGAAAACACAUUAUUUGUACCUCCAGUAUCUGAUAACCCAUGAUCAUUAGAUAACUACUAACAAAUUCAUGUUAUGCUUGAAGCUGAUGUGUCAAAGCUGAUUAUUCAUUUGUUUGGUUAACUACCUGAUGAGUAAUAAGAUGUGCUGUCUCAACAUGAAUGUUGGUAUAAUGUCCCUCUGGAUUGUCACUGUGCAUUAUUUUCAACGUGCUGAUCAACAGGUGCUUGAAUGAAAAUGAUUUGUCAGAUUCUUCCACAUAUAAGCUUCCCACCCUGCAAGCAAAUAGAGCUAUCAUGUGAAUGUCAUGGAUGUAACUUCCUACAAAAGCAGUUUCUUUUAAAAUGGUACAGACGUGUGUUUUGGGCAGAAAAAGUAUGUUUCAUCAUUGACUGCAAGCAUCUUUUAUAUCUCAGUUAUGAUCAGUUAUGAUCAGGUUUUUAAGUGUGCAUGUAAAUGUCAUAUCUACCUAUCGCAACAGACAAGCAGCCUGUUACUCCAAGAUCAAGUUUGUUGUAUAAGCAGAGAAAGUAUGUUUCAUCAUUGACUGCAAGCAUCUUUUAUAUCCUUACUGCCUGUAGUUAAUAAAAGAUUGAGGGUAUGA